AUGACCGUCGAAGAAAGGAACUUAAUCCGUGUCAAAAAGCUACAACUCAUCGAAUCGGACUUAUAUAAGCAUGCCAGCAUUAACGAAACGGCGCGGACGCUAGAUCUUGAUCUUGAUGUCGUUGACCAAAUUUUCAACUUUUGGGUUCUUAAACGAAAGUCCAACCGAGACAGACCAUUGCUACCGCCCAAAACCACUGAAACGGAACGAUUAAGUCAGCAACAACAGCAAGAUAUGGAACGUAUGAAAUUGUUUGUACAGCUGCGACAAGACCUAGAUAGGGUUCGAAAUUUGUGUUACAUGGUCAGCCGAAGAGAGAAAUUAUCCGAUCGUAUUUUCGAUUGCGAGAACAAACCUUCCACUAGCAAGCAGCGAUUUUGUCUCUGUAUGAUCUCCAAAAAAAUAUCACCCCAGCAGAACUAA